AUGCGUACUUUUACUAUUCUUGCUUCUCUCACUAUAGGAGCCUCUGCUGGCACAGUCUCUGCUCCUUUCGUGAAGCACGGCUUUCAUUAUGGCGCCUCCAUCGAUAAACGCGACACUCUAAAUCUAGAGGCUCUGAAUAAUAUAACAGGUGGAGGAUAUUAUGCAGAGUUCCAAAUUGGAACACCGCCUCAAAACAUCAGCUUUCUUCUCGACACUGGCAGUAGUGAUACUUGGGUCAACUCAAACAACACCGAUCUAUGCCAUAGCCAAGCGGCGCAAAAGAAAAACGGAUAUUGCAUGACUACUUUCAAGCCUGAAAAUAGUCGCACAUUCAAGGUCGUUGACCGUGAUGGCUUUGAUAUUCGAUAUCUAGACACUCGUCGAAUCGAGGGUGACUACUUUAAUGAUACUGUUACUAUCGAUGGCAAGACCGUCAAACAGCAGCAACUGGGUCUUGCGAUCAAGUCUGUUCGUCCAACUGGAAUCAUGGGCCUAGGGUUUUCUGCCAAUGUUGCUACCAACAAGUCUUACCCUGCCAUUGUUGACAACAUGGUAUCUCAGGGCCUCAUUGACACAGCUACCUACAGUCUUUGGCUUAACGAUUUGGAUUCUGAUCAAGGAACCAUUCUUUUUGGUGGCAUUGAUACAAAGAGGUUCUAUGGCAAGCUUGCCACCCUUCCUCUGUUGCCCGAGUCUACCAAAUCACUAAACGUCACCUCCUUCAGCGUCUCUUUGCAGGGCCUCAAUGUCAAGACGCCAAAGAAUUCAAACGGAAUCAAGAUGGAUAGCCUCAAGAAGAACACAGUCGCUAUUCUCGACUCUGGAUCCACCGUCUGUCUCUUGCCCGACCCCCAGGUCAACGAAAUCUACAAGGCCUUUGACGUUCUCAGCGUGCAAGAUGUUCCCAUCCCUUUUGUAGACUGCGGAUAUGGAAAAGACAAGGGCAAGGGUAUUAGCUUUGACUUCGAGUUUGACGGAAAGACCAUCUCUAUCCCCAUGAGCGAGAUGAUCGUCAACGCCUUCCCUGACAACCAAGAUCUUUUUAAGGAUCCCCGUCUCGACAUCUACUUCAAGGACUGGGAUGGCGUCUGUAUGUUUGGCAUUUCUCCCGCCAGCACCUAUGGUAUCGGUACCUCUAAGUUUGCUAUCCUUGGCGACACGUUCCUACGCUCCGCUUACGUCGUCUACGAUCUGGCCAACGAGCAAGUGGGCAUUGCCGAGGCUUAUCACAGCAACAAUGAAUCAAGCGUCGUUGAACUCAAGGCAAACUCCAAGCUCCCAGACGUCUCUGGAGUUCCAGAGCCCCAGAAUGCUGCCGGACAUGUUUCCCCUGCUUCCUUGGUGACCCUCAUCGUCGCUACGGGCAUUGCAUUGACUCUUUUGUAA